GGACACACUGGUGAGUGGUGACUGAGUGGCGAGUGGGGGCCGUGCCCCUCGUCUCCUCGUCUCCUCGUCUCCUCCUCAGCGCUCCUGUUUGUAGAGUAGAGGAGGACAGCUAAUGCAUGCCUUUGGACAUAGACUUCACACCAACUGCUAUUAAUCCAUCAUCCCCUCACAAAGUCACAAACCUCACUAACUUAUAUAAAAUCCCUCAAAACCCUCUCUCACAAUUCUCUUCUAUCUUAUAGUCUUAGCUUCUUCUGUUCUACAACCCAUCUUCAUUUCACUUUCUCCCCAGAUUUUUCUCUCCUUCUCCAAUUCUCAAACCCAAAAACACGCACAACCAAACCACAAACACUUUUCCCCGUCUUUUGGCUUCUGUUAUAUCUUUGGUUUAGAAGAAAAUGGGCUACGGCCGCCUAGGAUCAUCCGAGUCUGUAGGUUCUAUUCCUGAAUCUACUCUGAGCCAACUCGAAAUAGAACCCACGCCCGGGCCACCGCCGAAGGCGAGGGGAAAGCGCAAGCUCAUUGUCCUAGCUCUCCUCUCCGUCCUCCUCGUCGUCGCCACAGUGAUCUCUGCUGGACUCCUGGUUGGACUCCGAACGAAGGGUUCCAGUGGUGCCUUGUCCCCCGUCCGGAAACGACCCACCCAAGCCAUCUCCCGCACCUGCAGCAAGACGAGGUACCCGGAUCUAUGCAUCAACUCACUGGUUGAAUUCCCCGGGGCUCUCGCCGCCGGCGACCGAGACCUCGUUCACAUCUCCUUCAACAUGACCCUCCAACGAGUUGGGAAGGCAUUGUACGGCGUAUCGGAGAUAGCUAACGUAGCAAUGGAUGCGCUUGCUCGGUCGGCGUACGAGGACUGCCUGGAGCUCCUGGAGGAUUCAAUGGACCAGCUGUCGCUGUCGCUAAACUCGGUGGCGCCACCGGAACAAGGUGGCGGGAAGGGGGUAGGGUCCACCGAAGACGUGAUGACAUGGCUGAGCGCGGCACUGACGAAUCAAGACACCUGCAACGAAGGACUGAGUGAUGUGAGCGGGAACGUGAAGGAUCAGAUGCAGAAUAGGUUGAGCGAUAUAUCGGAGCUGGUGAGCAAUUGUCUGGCGAUCUUCGCGUCUUCAAGUGGGAACGAGGAUUUCUCUGGUAUUCCGAUACAAAACAAGCGGAGAUUGAUGACGGAAAGCAGCUUCCAGACGGAGGAAGAGCUGCCGGCAUGGCUGACGAGAAGAGAGCGGAGGUUGCUGGAGAUGCCGGUUUCUUCCAUUCAGGCGGACAUUGUGGUGUCCAAGGACGGCACCGGAACGUAUAAGACGAUUACCGAGGCGAUAAAGGCCGUUCCGGAGCACAGCAACCGCCGUACUAUCAUUUACGUCAAGGCAGGAACGUACGAAGAAAGUAAUCUCAAGGUGGGCAGGAAAAAGACCAACUUGAUGUUUAUAGGAGACGGAAGGGGUAAAACCGUCAUUACCGGUGGAAAAAACGUCUUCGAAAAAUAUACCACCUUCCACACCGCUUCCUUCGCGGCGACUGGAGCUGGAUUCAUCGCACGGGACAUGACAUUCGAGAAUUACGCGGGACCGUCGAACCACCAAGCAGUGGCACUGCGUGUAGGAGCGGACCACGCGGUGGUGUAUCGAUGCAACAUCAUAGGAUACCAGGACACACUGUACGUUCACUCCCAACGCCAAUUCUACCGUGAGUGCGACAUCUACGGUACCGUGGAUUUCAUAUUCGGAAACGCCGCCGUGGUGCUCCAGAACUGCACCAUCUACGCCCGGAAGCCCAUGGACCAGCAGAAGAACACCAUCACCGCCCAGAACCGCAAGGAUCCCAACCAGAACACCGGAAUCUCCAUCCACAACUGCCGCAUCUUAGCCACCUCCGAUCUCGAGGCAUCCAAAGCCUACUUCCCCACCUAUCUGGGCCGUCCAUGGAAGCUCUAUUCCAGAACCGUCUACCUGCUAUCCUACAUGGGAGAUCACAUCCAUCCACGUGGCUGGCUGGAAUGGAACGCCACUUUUGCACUGGACACCCUCUACUACGGAGAGUACAUGAACUACGGUCCUGGCGCCGCCGUGGGCCUUCGAGUCAAAUGGCCUGGUUACCGGGUAAUCACGUCUACCGUGGAGGCUAGUAAAUUCACGGUGGGCCAAUUCAUAUCGGGAUCCUCUUGGCUACCUUCCACCGGCGUAGCCUUUCUAGCUGGCUUAUCGGUUUAAAUUAAAGUUACCCACCCUCCCUCCMUCCCUCCCUACUUAUAUCAUUAUGGUAGAUAGAAUAUAUAUAAUAUAUAUAAUUUAUAGGUCGAUAAUUAUUAAUUUACACGUGGCUGCUAGAAAAAGGUGGUGGAAAUUUGAAGGUGUAAGAGGAAUAAUUAAAUAUAAUUCAUCCCGUGAAUGAAUGUACUUGUGAUUUGCCGAAUUGGAUGGAGAAAGAAAGAAGAAAAAGAUUUGUAUAUCUUUAUUUAUGUCGACUGGUUUCCCAAAUCUCAACACCUUGUUAUAAAUAAAUAAAACAAACCCAAGGCAUUUUAUUCCUCUGCUGU